GCCCGGGCCAGGGCGGCGCUGGCCAGGCUGCGGAACCCGAGCAUCGCGUCCACCCUGCAGCGCGUGGCGCGUGGUCAGGCCCCGCCGCCGGUGGGCGCGGCCCCUCGCGCGGAUCUGGCCAGCCGCCAGUGGCGCCCCGUGCGCGCGGCGGAGGCGGCAGGCCGCCCCGCAGGAGCGGCGAGG